CUUCCUCGCCUGCAUGCUCCGUCUUUCUCAUCUUCGUGGGUCGUUCGUCAGAUUCCAUGAUGACUUGCGACAAUUGCGGAUCCAGACAAUUUGUGGUGUUUUCGAAUCACCCACUCAUCGUCGACAAGAUUGGUAUGUCCGCUCCACUAGUGCGCCAAGACGAACCCUUGUCAUCGUAGCUCCGAGCCUCACCUCACGUCGUCGUCUCCGCAUCGACUGCACAACUCGGAAUACCCAUUGAACCCCGAACACAGCUGCCCAACAUGCCGCAGGAUAUGCCGCCCACCGGCGGCUACGGCCCCGUACAAUACAAGCGCAGUCUUCCCGCUCGCGGAUUCCGGCCAGCCGUGUACGUCGUCGGAAUGGGCGCGCUGAUGACAUACGGUUUCUGGAGGGUUGGGCAGGGAAUCAGGGAGCACAACGAACUCGCACGCGAGAAGAUGUGGGCGCGGAUACACCUUAUCCCUGCGCUGCAGGCCGAAGAGGAUCGCGAUCAGGUGCGAAGAUAUCUGGCGGACAGGGCGAGAGAAAAGGAGCUGCUUGGCACAGAGACGAGGGUCUACAACAGCGACAGGUUCGUCCGACCUACCUUCGCUGUCACCCCAGAGCACGAGACAAAGUAGAGCGACAAGUAUUGAAGCCGUAAGACGUUUGAAUUGGAAAUGUACAUAUAAGAGUGGAGGUAAGAUG